AUGUCACUGGCAGUGCUGUCAGGAUCUCCAAAGACACUACCAGAGGUGACCUAUACCACCUCAUACCCAAUGGCUCCUCACAUGAGCCUGUUUGGAGAUGAUGAUUUGCUUGAUAGCUUGUUAGAUGAUGAAAAACAGUCGGUGUGGUCAAAAAGAACUCGCGGUGGACUACUAAACCCCUCGUCUCCCUCUGACAAGAUGUUCAGUGUCUUGGCAGAGGUGGUAAAGAACGAUGGUUUGGACUUUGAGGACUCUGACGUCUCAGCAGCUGAUCCCAGUGACAUGCUGAAGGACUUGAAGGACAUGGAUGAUAUGGAGGCUGACCUCUUUUCAUCAAAGAAAAGAAGCAAUGCAGCUCCUGCACAAACAAAAUCAUUUGCUCCUGGAGGUUUAAAGAAAGACUCCACUCCCUUAAAAAGUCCUGAGAAUCCAGAAGGAACAGAUGAAGCUGCAGGAGGAGGAAAGAAGCCAAACUCCACUCCUUCAUCCGCAGUGCGCAGCUACAAGAAGUUCACUUUCGUCGAUAAAAGUGAACGGGACGAUGAACAUCCUGGUCAGGCAUCAGAUGUCAAAGGUACAUGAGCAGAUAUGUAUAUAUGUUCGCUUGAUGAUCUGCUUCCAGAAGAAACUGGGCCUGAAUCUAAACCUGAACAGACCAAGCCUGAAAAACCAUUUCCAUCAGCAUCUCCAAACCCGAAGAACGAAACGCCAAAGACGUCCAGAAAAGACGUGUUCACAUUUGACGAUGGCACGGACGACCUAAUAAAUGAACUUGGAUUUGACCGAGAUACAAACAAUCCCAAGAAAAAUAAGACUUCUUUAUUGUCUUCAAAUGAAAAAGGCGAGACCCUUCAGAGACCUCAAACAAGAAUCAGUGACAUUCUGGAGAGUUUCACUUCAGCACGUCUUCUGGAGAGACCCUCCACGGCUGAGAGGUCCCGAGAAAAGAACUCAAGUGUGAAAGAGACGCUAUUAGACGAUGGCUUAACCUUCGGGUCGUAUCAGCCCACGAUGGGUUCCGCUUCUGAGGGCCGCCAGUCCCGCCGCCAGUCUGUCAGAUUUUCCACAGAGGAUGUCAGCCUCUCCACUUUAGAGAAGAAACCAAAACCCACCACCCCCACUCCCAGUCGGCACCGCAACUCGGCCGACUGGCUCGGCCUCAGAACAAACAACAAAUCUGAAUAUUUGGGAGGUCCCAAAGAGAUGAAAGCAUCAGCAGAAGCUCCAAAAGUCCUCUCCUCUUCUGCGUUAGAGAGAAAACCUUCUUUAACUGGGAGUCAGUCCACUUCUCUUGGGAAAACGGCAGCGGACGUCCGACCUGAGUCGGAACAGAGCAAAUCAGAGGCUCCUAAAACCCAGAGGAGGAGUGAUGAAGAGGAGGAUGACUGGUUAGCAGGGGCGCUAAGCAGGAAGAAGGCUCUGUCGGUGUCAAACACAGAGACAAAAAUGUCCACACUGGAGGACUCGUUGGGGGUUGAUUCAGCUGUUAGUAACCAAGUCACAUCUAACAUUCCAAGAGACAAAGAAGACGCACUUCCAUUCAUCAACGAGCCACGUCCUGCAGCUCAUUCCACUCCAGUCAGAGAGGAGCGGCCCAGUGAAGUUCCACAACAACAGCAAACACCAAGCUCAUCAGCUGCAGCCCCAAUACAGGUGUCCCUGCCAGCAGACAGUCUGCAGCAGCUGCUUCUACAGCAGCAGAUGAUGCAGACUCAGUUGCUGGGCCAAGGGGCGGUUGUUGAUGCGGGGGUCCUGCAGAAACUUAAAGAACAACAACAUGGAGAUCAGCAGCUUUUACAGGCCCGGAUUAUCCAGUUGGAGGGACAGGUAAAGAUACUGAAGCUAGAGCGAGACCAAAGCCAAAUGAUGUUUGAGAAUAUCCAACAGCGGCAUAGGCAGGAAGUGGAGCUCCUGGAGGGCACACAGAAGACUCGUGUGAAGCUGCUGGAGGAGUCGGCAGCCCAGAGAGAGACGCGAGCGCGGCUCGAGUGUGAGGAGCUGAUGGAACGACUAGCCGCGUUAACACGAUUGGCUGAGCAGGAGCGCUCCGAGCUGCAGGCUCAGUACCAUCGAAAGCUGGCCCAAGCCCAGCAGGACCGAGACCGUGAGGUGGAGAGGCUCCGAGACCUCCAGAGGAAGUCUAUCCUGGAGAUGAAAACAGACCACGAGGAUCAGCUUCAGAGACUGAAGAGGCUAAAGGAUGAAGAGAUAGAUGCUGUUACAAGUGCAACGUCUCACACCAGGUCUCUGGCAGGAGUGAUCGAGCAGAUGGAGCAGUUCUCCUCUCGUCUCGGAGAGCUCGCAUCUCGGGUGGAGAGCACACACGAGCACACCGCCCACGACCUGGAGCAAGGGGCGCGGCACAGAGACGAGCAGCUUCGAACGUUGCAGGACCGACUGACCCAGCAGCAGAAAGCCAUGGCAGAGGAGAGAACUUACCUCAAGGAAAUAAUCUCCAAGAUGGACACUCAGCUCAGUGAGCAGCAACGGCAGCUUGAGAAGGAACGCUGGAAGGUGACGUCAGAGCAGGCCAAAGCAGAGUCGACCCAGAGGAGCUUGGAGGAAGAGCGACACGUCCUCACCACACAGAUCAGCAUGGAAAAAGAGGAGCUGGAGCGAGCCAAGAGCGCGCUGCUGGAAGAGCAGAAGUCCGUGAUGCAGCGUUGUGCAGAGGAGAGGAAGAGGCUGGCAGCUGAGUGGGCCCACUUCCACACUCAGGAGAAACAGAGGCAAGAGAGAGCUGAACGGGAGGUCAGCAGCCUCAUCGACAGGAGAGAGGGCUCCAUCAUCAGUCUGGCACAGGAACAAGCUGACCUGAAGCUUCGUACGGCAGAGCUGAAACAAAAGGAGGCGACUGUGACGCAGGAGAAAGAAACUCUGUACAGACUGAGAGAAGAGCUGGACAGAGAGAAGGAGAGAAUAAGCAGCACCGCUCUGAGUCUGAAAACACGGGCCCAGGAGGUCGAGGCCUUCAGCAAGGUCGCUGCAGAGAGGUACGAGGCAGGAGAACAGGCUCUGCAGGAGGCAAAACGUGUGGAGGCCGAGCACAAAGCCCGGCUGAGUAACAUUCACUCUCAAACGGAGCACCUGAGGCAGCUGGAACAGCGCACGCUAAAGGAACGGAUGAGGUUAAAUCAUCUGCAGAACGACACAGAAAUAAGACAAACCUCUAUCUCACCUGUACCUAAAAUUAUUCCAGCUGUUUUACCAGAUUCGGCUUCAGUAUUACCCAGCCUUGAGCCGACAACAUCCCAGAACAUCCUCCCCUCUGGUGCUAUGACAAACUAUAAAUCACUGACUCUGGAGGCAAGUCUGGCCUUGUGGAAGUACUCUGCAGAAAAGGACCGGGAAUUUCUCCAAGAGGAGCAGAUUUUUCUAGAGAACCUGAAGAAAAAAUCCUACAGAUUGAAUACAGACUGAGAAUUAAAAAAAAACCCUGCUUUUAUUUAUUUAAUCUUUUA